AUGAAGGUUCAAAAUGCCCUCCUAUACACUGUGGCCGUGGCGCCGUCUCUUGUCCUUGGGGACGGGUAUUACUCUGUUCCCGAAUGGCACCCUCCGUCAGUUGGCGAUGUGCGAGGGCCAUGCCCCAUGCUCAACACCCUCGCCAAUCAUGGCUAUCUCCCACACUCGGGCAAGAACAUCAAUAUCAACAGAACCAUUGAUGCCCUCGGCCAGGCUCUCAAUAUUGAUGCCGAACUGGCGACGUUUCUGCACAACUUUGCCAUAGAGGCCAAUCCCACUCCGAAUGCUACCAUAUUUAGCCUAGAUAAUCUGAGCCGACAUAAUGUUCUCGAGCAUGACGGGAGUUUGAGUCGUGCGGAUUAUUACUGGACCGGCGACGCGACCAGUUUCAACCAAACCGUCUUUGACGAGACUAGAUCAUACUGGACCACGCCCAUCAUCAACAUUGAGCAGGCGGCCGCAGCCCGCGUCGGUCGUCUGCAGACCUCGCAGGCAACCAACCCCGACUUUUCCCUGAGCGACCUGGGCUCUGCCUUCAGCAUUGGAGAGUCGGCGGCCUACCUGUUUGUCCUCGGCGACAAGGUAUCUUAUACAGUGGAGAGAUCCAUUGUCGAGUACCUCUUUGAAAAUGAACGUCUGCCGACCUCCUUGGGAUGGAAGAGAGCUGCGGACCCCAUUUCAGAGGAUGACCUUGGAGAAGCCAUGGACCGUAUCGUCAAUGCCACAAACACAAACACCACCACUGCGACGACCUCGAGACGUGGGAUCCACGGCAGAGCCAGACUGCCUCAGGUUUGA